AUGGCUGUGAAUACCGGACGUUUUAAACCUAUGAAGAAAAAUACCCAUAGUGAAGAUAAUUCUGAAUAUCGCCUUCGGCAAUGUAUUGAAAAUGAUAAAAUAGACUCCAAGUAUGGAUUUGAUAGAGUUAAAGAUUUUGAAGAAAGGAUCGGAUAUUUGAUAAACAUGCAUACGACUGAAAUAUUAGACGAAGAUAAAAGACUGAUAAGUGCUGUGGAUUAUUAUUUUAUUCAAGAAGACGGCAGCCGCUUUAAAGUUACUUUGCCUUAUCAACCAUACUUUCUUAUUUUGGUUAAGAAAGAAUGCAUCCAAGAAGUUUCAGCAUUUCUUUCAAAGAAAUUUGCUGGGGUACUAGUAGAUGUCCAUCCUGUAAUAAAAGAAGAUUUAGACUUGCCUAAUCAUCUUAUUGGUUUGAAGCAAAUAUAUUUAAAAUUAAUAUUUCCAUCUGUGUCAGACCUAAUGAAAGUACGACAAAUUAUAAAUUCCAGUGUUAAGAAAAAUAAAGCAAAUGAAGCAAAAAACACAUAUUAUUCUGAAAUGUUGGAAAAUGCAAUAAUCAACAAAGGUGAUGUUGGCUUAACAAAGAAGCAAUCUGACCACUUUGAAAAUAUCAUCGAUAUCAGAGAAUAUGAUGUUCCCUAUCAUGUGAGGGUAUCAAUAGAUAAGAAAAUUUUUGUUGGUUCAUGGUAUCAUAUUAAAUCUCGUGGUACAAAUGUUGCUCCUAUUAUAACUAGAAGAGAGGAUAUCAUUGAAAGACCAGAUUUGAUUGUGUUAGCUUUUGAUAUUGAGACAACCAAAUUGCCAUUGAAAUUUCCAGACGCAUCUAUUGAUCAGAUUAUGAUGAUAUCCUACAUGAUUGAUGGACAGGGCUUUUUGAUUACUAAUCGUGAAAUAAUAUCUAUUGAUGUCGAAGAUUUUGAGUUCACACCUAAACCUGAAUUUGAAGGUUUUUUUACAAUUUUUAAUGAAGUUAAUGAAGCAGCUCUUAUACAAAGAUUCUUCGAACAUAUCAUGGAAGUCCGCCCACAUGUUUUUGUCACUUACAAUGGAGAUUUUUUCGAUUGGCCAUUUGUUGAAGCAAGAGCUAAAGUACAUAAUGUAGAUAUGAAGUUGGAGAUUGGCUAUUCUAAAGGGAAAGAUGGUGUAUAUUCUUGUAGGCCUUCAAUGCAUAUGGAUUGCCUUUGUUGGGUGAAGCGAGAUUCUUACCUACCUGUGGGAUCCCAAGGUCUAAAAGCAGUUGCUAAAGCCAAGUUGAGAUAUGAUCCAGUUGAAUUGGAUCCUGAAGAAAUGUGUCGGCUUGCAGUUGAACAACCACAAGUUUUGAGCAACUAUUCAGUUUCUGAUGCAGUUGCAACUUAUUAUUUAUACAUGAAAUAUGUUUAUCCAUUCAUUUUCGCUCUCUGUACCAUUAUUCCUAUGGAACCUGAUGAAGUAUUGAGGAAAGGUUCAGGAACUCUUUGUGAAUCGUUAUUAAUGGUUGAAGCUUACCAUGCUAAUAUAGUUUUUCCUAAUAAACAAGAAACUCAGUUAAAUAAAAUGACAGAUGAUGGUCAUGUAUUAGACCAAGAAACUUAUGUUGGUGGACAUGUUGAAGCAUUAGAAUCAGGAGUGUUUAGGGCAGAUAUACCUUGUAGAUUUCGAAUGGUACCAGAAGCAUUUACCAUGUUAAUGGAUAAUACGAAAAAAGCUUUGAUACAUGCGAUUGAAGAAGAAGAAAAGAUUCCCCUUGAUAUGGUUACUAACUUUGAUGAAGUUGUGAAUGACAUAAAAACAAAAUUAGAAGAAUUACGGGAAACGCCCUGCAGAAUGGAAAAUCCCAUGAUUUAUCAUUUAGAUGUUGGUGCUAUGUAUCCAAAUAUUAUUCUUACAAAUAGAUUACAACCAUCUGCAAUGGUUGAUGAAACUGUUUGUGCUGCAUGUGAUUUUAACAAGGCUGAUGCUCUUUGUCAGCGUAAAAUGCCAUGGAUGUGGAGAGGCGAAUUUAUGCCAGCGACUCGUAAUGAAUUUCAUAGAAUUCAGCAACAAUUGGAAACAGAAAAAUUUCCACCUGAGUUCCCGGGUGGUCCACCUAGAGCUUUUCACCAGUUGUCAAAAGAAGAACAAGCUGCUGUUGAGAAGAAACGUUUAACUGAUUAUUGCAGAAAGGCUUACAAGAAAACUAAAGUUACAAGAUUAGAAGAACGUGUUACCACGAUUUGUCAGAAAGAGAAUUCUUUUUAUGUUGACACAGUGAGGGCUUUUCGAGAUAGAAGAUAUGAAUAUAAGGGUCUGUCAAAGGUUGCUAAGAAACAAGUAAGUGAUGCAGUUGCCAAAGGUGAUGCUGCAGAAAUAAAAUCUGCCAAGAAUAGGGAAAUAUUGUACGAUUCCUUACAGUUAGCCCAUAAAUGUAUUUUGAACUCUUUUUAUGGAUAUGUCAUGCGAAGAGGAGCCAGAUGGUAUAGUAUGGAAAUGGCAGGAAUUGUUUGUUAUACUGGAGCGCAUAUUAUAACUAAAGCUAGGGAAAUUAUUGAUCAGGUUGGAAGACCAUUAGAAUUAGACACAGAUGGUAUCUGGUGUUUGUUGCCUGCCUCAUUUCCUGAAAAUUAUGUCAUUAAUACAAAUAAACCAGGAAAGGCCAAGGUUACAAUUUCUUUCCCUAAUGCUGUUCUUAACUCAAUGGUUAAGGAACAUUUUACAAACCAUGUGUAUCAUGAGCUUGUGGAUAAAGAAAAUAUCGUUUAUGAAAUAAGAAGCGAAAAUUCGAUUUUCUUUGAAGUAGACGGACCAUACAAAGCCAUGGUUUUGCCAGCUUCGAAAGAAGAAGGUAAACGGUUGAAAAAACGUUAUGCAGUGUUCAAUUUUGAUGGUUCAUUAGCUGAAUUGAAAGGGUUUGAAGUGAAAAGAAGAGGUGAAUUACAAUUAAUUAAAAUUUUUCAGUCAUCAGUUUUUGAGUCUUUCCUAAAAGGAGAAAAUUUAGAAAAAUGUUAUGAAUCAGUUGCAAAAGUUGCUAAUUAUUGGCUUGAUGUCUUAUACAGCAAGGCUUGUAACAUGCCAGAUUCUGAGCUUUUUGAGCUUAUUUCAGAGAACAGAUCUAUGAGUCGUAAGUUAGAAGAUUAUGGAGUACAAAAGUCAACAUCAAUAAGUACUGCCAAAAGAUUAGCUGAGUUCCUUGGUGACCAAAUGGUAAAAGAUGCUGGUUUAGCUUGUAAAUAUAUCAUUUCUCGCAAGCCCGAAGGAUCACCAGUUACUGAAAGAGCCAUCCCCUUGGCAAUUUUUCAAGCUGAAGAUUCUGUCAAGAAACAUUAUUUGCGCAAAUGGUUAAAAGAUUCUUCGCUAACAGAUAUUGAUAUUAGACUUGUAUUAGAUUGGAAUUAUUAUAUUGAAAGAUUGGGAGGCGCCAUUCAGAAAAUUAUUACUAUACCUGCAGCUAUGCAAGGGCUAUCCAAUCCAGUUCCCCGUGUUCGCCAUCCUGAGUGGUUACAUAAGAAAAUGCUUGAAAAAACAGAUGUUCUGAAACAAAGAAAAAUUAACGAACUCUUUUCUGUUCUUCCGCGAAAGGAAAUCAAUCAUGAUGAAACUUUUGAUGAAGAAAAAACAGAUGUACCUGACAUAGAAGAUUUAGAUAAUUCUAAGUCGAAAAAUAAUAAUUUACCCAUCGUAAACAAAAGAAAACGAGAGGAGUCACCACAGAAAGUUGUUCAUAAGACAUGGAGAGAGGCACUAGGCUCUCCACCCUCUUUUGGUGUUACCAAAGAAGAACAUUUGACUUGGUUACGUUUUCAUAAGAAAAAAUGGAACUGGCAGCUAGAGUCAAAAAAAAGGGAAGAGGGGCCUAAGAAAAUAAGAAUGUCUAGUGCAGUUGAAAGAAGCACUAAGCCAUCCUUAACAAGUUCUCUUGGGGGAUUCUUAAAAAAAGCACAGAAAUCUCUUUUGAAUACUCCAUGGCAAAUCUUGCAGAUAACUGAAACCAAUGCUCCAGGAAUAAUGAAAGUAUGGGUAAUAGUUGGGAAUGAAUUGCAUCAAAUUCGGUUAAUAGUACCUCGAAUAUUUUAUGUUAACCAUCGCACUGUUAAAGAAGAGUCAGCUGAUUCUCUAUAUAAAAAGUGCAAUAGAAUUCUUCCUCGAUCACGUCUGUCAUUUAACCUCUACGAAUAUACUGUUCCAGAAGAAGUUUAUCAGGAGCAUAGCAAUGAUCUCAUUGCUGAUCUCUCUACUCCUGAUGUUGAAGGAAUCUAUGAAACCCAAGUUCCAUCUCUAUUCAGAGCUCUCCUUAAACUUGGAUGUGUUUGUUCCGUUGAUAAAAAUGAGUCUAGAAGGCUUGCUGCUGCCCUUACAGAAAAUAAUACAUUUAUGUUGCAGCAUUUAACCUUUCGAACAGUUGCACAUCAACCAUAUUUACCACCAGGUGAAACUAGCCUGAAACAUAUUUACUUGUACCAUCACAAAGCACCAACUGGUUCUCGAGGAUUUUUGGUUUUAUUUCUUAGUCCAGUUAAAAAAGGAGUUGUUAUUGUUCUUGAUACAGUAAAAACUAACCAAAUGCCCAAUUUAUCCUCACUUUACAAAAAUGAAAGAUCAACCAGAAUUUCUAAUGGUGAGGAAAGUGAUAAAUUACCACCAGAAGGAGUCGUAUUUGAUGUGAAAUUUGAAACUGAUAUAAAACAGGCAUAUAGGCACAUACAAGCAACUCUACAGAUAUAUAGGGAUGAGAAGAAAGGGCCUACUUUCAUUGCUAUCCAGUCAACUCAAGAUGUUCAACUCUUGCUUUCGGCUAUGCCUUCUCUUAGCGAAUGGCCUGUGGUCCCUAUCUAUGCUCAGGAUACUGAAAAUGUUUAUUCAUCAAUAGAGUGGCAAAAAUUAGGUUCCAAACUCAUGAUAAAAAAUUAUCUUAACUUGGACACAGCUAUAGCUCUUCAAACUGAACAAUGCAGGUAUUUCCAUGUUCCACUUGGCAAUGUUCCUCGAGAUGCUUCUCUGUUUGGAGCUGAUCUAUUUUAUGCAAGACAUCUUAUGAAGAAUAAUUUUGUUCUUUGGUGUUCUGAAAGAGAUCGCCCAGAUUUAGGAGGAAGAGAAGCAGAUGAUAAUACACUACUCACUGAUUUUGAGGAAAGUUCAAGUGUGGUAAACAAUAAUCCAGGCUGUUAUACAACAGUGUGUAUUGAGUUGGAUAUUGAUAGUUUAGCGGUCAAUACUCUCCUCCAAUCCCAUAAAGUUCAUGAUGUUGAAGGAACCAGUUCAAACAUUGCAUUUGAUGCAAUGCCUCAAGUUUCUUUGGAGGAUAUGGUUUCUGGUCAGGCUCCACUUCUGCCUACUUAUGAUGAAAGCGCAUCUUGUGGUGGAGCUUUAAGAAUUCUUCGUUAUAUGGUCAAUGCCUGGCUUAGGGAUGUCUCAGUAUUCCGCAAUGUCUUCGCUGAUUUCCAAAUUGUUCAUUUUUAUCGAUGGUUAAGAUCACCAAAUGCUUUAUUAUAUGACCCAGCUCUUCGAAGAACAUUACAUAAUUUAAUGAAAAAAUUAUUUAUGCAGUUAGUUGCAGAGUUCAAAAGGUUGGGAUCAAUAAUUGUAUAUGCCAAUUUCAACAAAAUAAUACUUUGCACAAAAAAACAAACUGUAGAGGAUGCAGUGAAUUAUAUUGAAUUUGUAGUAUCAAGUAUUAGAAACAAAGAAAUUUUCCAUAGUAUACAAAUGACAUAUAGUCAAUGUUGGGAGUAUCUAAUGUGGCUGGAUCCCGCUAAUCAUGGUGGCGUAAAAGGAAAACUUCCUGGUGGCCUAGGAGAUGUUGGCGAAGGAAGAAAAGAGCAAACUAUGUCAAUCAAUUUUGAUGAAGAAAGUCAAAUGCUUCUUGAUCUCGAUGAAGAAGGACCAGAAAUUGUUAUGAAUUGGAAUUUGAGUGAAUGCCUUCCAGAGAAAGCUAAUGUUCAAAAUCACUUCACAACGAUGAUAGCUGGAUUCAUGAGCGCUGUUUAUCAGUUUUUGUGUGAUCAAGUUCCUAAUCUUGGAACACCAAGGAGACGUUUAUUGAAAUCACUUAGUCAAACCCAAACUGCUCCCACUGGUGUUGGAAUCGAUGAAGCAACAGUCAAAUUUACCAAAGAAUUAAUAUCUGGAGACUUAUCACAGAAACUGUUUAUGAUCACUCAAAAAAUUCAAAAAAAGUUGCCAACGUAUACUCUUGGUGAAGAUGAUAUAGUGGCAGAAGGCUUAGCUAAAAGAGAAAUGGUACCAGCCCUGGAGUUUGUGAAAGCUGUUUGCAAAGUUUUAUCUUUGGAUCGAAGUGUGGAGGAAGAAGUCAGCCGUUUGAGACGUAAUUUAUUAAGACUAAUAGGUGUUGGAGAGUUUAGUGAAAUUUCUGAGUGGAAAGAUCCAUGUGCAACAAUUGUGCUUCCAGAAGUAAUCUGUCGCUCCUGCAAUCAUUGUCGAGACAUAGAUCUUUGCAAGGACACAAACAGGACGAUAGAAAAUGAUGUGCAUGUAUGGCAAUGCCCAAUUUGUGGAACUAAUUAUGAUAACCUAGAAAUUGAAGGGCUUCUGCUUGACAUUGUUAACAGGAAAUCGAUGGGAUACACAUUACAAGAUAUUCAAUGUCGCCGCUGUUUGCAGAUUAAAAUGGAAAACAUGUCAGUUCAUUGUACUUGUGCUGGAGAAUUUCAAUCAUUGGUUGAUCGUGAACAGCUUGGCAGGCACUUACGGACCUUUAGAGCCAUUGCCCAACAUUUUAAUAUGAAUGUUCUUUUAAACACAGUCAACUGGAUAAUAAAAUAUAAUCCUUCCCUUGUUUUGAAUUAAUUUUUAAGUAUGAUUAAUUUCAUAUAUAUUUGUUAGAAUCAUUUUUUAUUGUUAUAUGAAAUUUUAGCAAAUAAAUUAUUGUUUUUUAUUUUUUUAAUAUAAUGUGCAUAUAUAUUCUUUUUAAAAUGCCUUAGGAAUAAUAGGUAAAUAAUAGCAAUAAUUCUAAACCUAUAGCUUUUGUAUACAUACUCUUGUGUUCAGUAUUUAACAUUUAUUAUUUGUCUUGCAUAUAUCCAAUUAUAUCAAAUGAAAUGUCAGUUCCAGAAGAGAUAUUAAUAAAAUAUACACAAAUACAAUUACACCUUAUUAAUUAAUAACUUAGAAAUUAGAAUUUUGAAUCUAAAGCAUUUGAUGGUUCUACUAAACCAUUAACUAGGCAUUUUGAGAUUUUUUUAAACAAAAAUUUAAUUAAAAUUGUAUAUUUACAUUUUCCUGGAUGUUCAGGAAAGUAUAUAAUAAUGAGAAAUCAUUUUACAGUUUUCUAUUAUUGCAGAUUUCCCAAAAAUCUUAUUGAACAUAUAUCGGAAAACAUAUAGAAUAAUAAUUAAAAAAAUAUAGCUAAUUCUUAUAAUUAAGUAAAAACAAAAGUAGUCAAACAAGUGGAAAAUUUAAAAACAUGUGCAUUAUUUUUUUAAUUUGAUCUAAAAAUAUACAUAAUUUUAUUGGUACUAGCAAAGUCAGGUACAGUAAGAAAACAAGCAACAUCAUUUAUUUGUUUUCACAAAUAAGAACAAGACACAGUUAGUCUUAUUUAAUUAGAAAAUAUAUAUAUUGUCUUAAUUAGACAGUUUAACUAUUUUUGUUUAACUUUUUAACUAAAAAUACUGUAAAAGGUAAGCUUGUGUUUAACAUUCAACUUACUUUGAUGUAAAAUGGAAAAAGGUGAUAAGCUUUUUAUAUUUCCUUAUUUUCUAGGUGAAUGUUGACUAUUCAAUAGUGGCUUCUUACAUAAUACACAUUCAUAAAUACAGAUUAUUUAACACACCGACAUCCUGGCAAGCUUCUAUAUGUACAUCUUUCUUAAGAGUACCUGUUCGAGAUUAUAAAAAAUAUCACGUCUCUUUAUUAUACACACAAUCAAAACUAUCUCUAUCACUAGGAACUGCUGCUACUUGGAAUUCCUAGUGCCUGAUCACAGCUCUUUAUUAGGCAAGCAAAUAGCUGUUCCCCAGCAUCAUUUGCUCUCUUCAUACCAGCAAACUUGAUGCUACGUGAAUUUGUGUGCUGUUAGCAUGUUGACAAUCAGUAAGCCCAUGCAUUUCGACAUCUCUUUGCUUUUGAAUUUUCAUAAUUUUUUCACUUAUCUGCAGAUUGCAAAUCCCAUGAUUACCU